AUGCAUACAAAGUUGCGGACUAGGUCAUUUGAAAAAGAACUUGUAGAUCUGCCCGAAGAAGCACGAUCUAUUAUUGAUAAUGUACAGUUACAUUGGGGAGAUUGCAUUGAGUUUGUUGGUGCUCCUGGUACAGGAAAGAGUCCAAGGAUGAUUAAGCUUGCACAGCUGGUGGCAUCAGAUUCCUCUCAAGUGGUUUUUGUUGAUUUCGAUUGUCGUAUUCAUCUCCAACCAUUUGAAAAUCAAUAUCUCUAUCAACCUCAAGAUGAAGCAGAACGAUAUGGGGUCAUAUUGGGUCUCCGUCGGUGGUUGAGUGAGAAUACAGAUAGUGUAGUGGGUUGGGUUUUUGUGGAUGGAUGGUUGGACCAGGAACUGAAGAGGGAGUUAGUUUCAUGUCAAGCGAUGUGGGGCUUUAUCUUGGUGACAUCACGACAACAUACCCAGAUUGGUUCGCGUGUAAGCACAGACUCGAGUGUAAGCACUGUACGGCGUCAUAAUCAGCGUAAUCAGUGCCAUUCUAUUGUGUGUUUACAGAUGGCUUGA